CCGAAGUUGCAAUUCACAAAGUCGGCUUUUCCCUGUUUUUUCCUACAAUGUGCAAUUGACGCAGUCUGCUUAUUUCUCAUUCGCUAAAACUCAAAAGUCCCCACCACGAGGACGGUGUUCAGUUCAGCCUCCUACUCAGUCUUUCUCUGUAGUCAGAAUCAAACUUUGUCGGAUCUUUCUUUGUUUCCCCCCGUCCUAUAAUCAAUAAAUCAGUCAUGAAAGGAAAAUGGAAAUCACCUUUUUGGGUGCUAUUGGUGUUGUACUGUCUACUUCUAUCUCAGUCGUUUAAGGGAUGUUUUUCUGCCUUUAGUCUGCCUCGUCCCUCUUGGAAGAAACAGUCCAAAUUUGGUUCCUCUCUUGUUUUCCCUCUAGCUGGAAAUGUGUAUCCUAAAGGGUAUUAUCAGGUGACACUCAAUGUUGGCCAACCCCCCAAACCUUACUUUCUUGAUAUAGACACUGGUAGUGAUCUCACUUGGCUCCAGUGUGAUGCACCUUGUGCCAAAUGCACUCCGGCUCCUCACAGUCUGUACAAACCGAAUAAAAAUAUUGUCAAGUGUAAGGAUCCUGUAUGUGCAUCCCUUCACUUGACUGCAAACAAUCACUGUCACACCCUUGACGAGCAAUGCGACUAUGAGGUUGAGUAUGCAGAUCAUGGUUCGUCGUUGGGAGUUCUGGUCAAAGACGCAUUUCCACUAAGAUUCACCAAUGGUACUACCGUUGCACCUCCACUAGUGUUUGGUUGCGGGUACGAUCAAGAAGUGCCAGCCUCUACUCGGGCACCUUUUACCGAUGGAAUUCUUGGUCUAGGAAAUGGAAAAUCAAGCGUUCUAUCACAGCUGAGUAGCUUGGGUCUUAUCCGGAAUGUAGUAGGUCACUGUUUAAGCGGGCAAGGCGGAGGUUUUCUUUUCUUUGGAGAUGAUGUCCUCCCGUCUUCUGGGAUUGUUUGGACACCUAUUUUGCGUGCAUCUUCAGAGAAACACUAUUCUUUGGGACCUGCAGAUCUCCUAUUCAGUGGGCAGGCAACUGGAAUAAAGGGUAUACCAAUAAUUUUUGACAGCGGAAGUACUUACAGUUACUUUAAUUCUGAAGCAUACAAAAUUCUAGUGUCUUCGAUUAAGAAAGAUGUAAACACAAAGCAGCUGACCGAUGCAGUGGACGACAAAAGCUUACCUGUCUGCUGGAAAGGCUCCAAAAGCUUCAAAUCCAUUCAUGAUGCCAAGAGCUUCUUCAAGCCAUUAACUCUUAGUUUCACAAAAGCUAAAAAUGUUCAGCUUCAACUGCCACCCGAGGCCUAUCUUGUUCGAACUGAGCAUGGCAAUAUAUGCUUAGGUAUAUUGGAUGGUACCGACGUUGGAAUAGGAAAUUAUAAUAUCAUUGGAGAUGUUUCGAUGGUAGACAAAAUGGUGAUCUACGACAACGAGAAGCAACAGAUUGGUUGGGUUCCAGCAAACUGCAACAAGCUUCCAUAGUCCUGGUAGGUAUGACAUGAUACAUUUCUUGCUUUUUACAUUACUGCUGUCACCAGAAUCCAAUUUCUUCUUGUAUUGACAGUAUAUAUCAUGGUUACAGUGAAGGUUUUGGCGACUCAUAUCCUACUGAAAAAUACAUGUUAAUGUGUAAUAGGAAGAAGUAGAGGCAAAAAGUAUGUCACUAUUGUGUGUAAUGCGGCUUGCAUGCCGAUGUUUGCAAUCGCACAGAGGAACAAAUUUAAUUGAUUGGUCAUACAGAUAUUUCACUGUAAUCAUCCAUACAACAUAUAAUAGCAGUCAGAGUAUACUCAGUUCAUCUCCAAACAGAGGCGGAGCCAGGAUUUUAAGUUUGUGGGUUCGGGAUUCUAAUUGUUUUAAGUUACUGGGUUCUAAACAAUUUAUACAUAUUCAAUGAAUUUUUGAAGACAAA